AAACGCGCCGCGGCCGCGCGAGGGCGCACUAGGCUGCAGGCCCUGGGGACCCCGGCCGGGACGCGCCCCUCCCCGCGGGCUCCGCCGCUUCCGCCCGCCCUGGGGCCGCCUGGAGAGCCGGGACGCGCCGCCUGGGCUCUACGAGGCCGCUGCCCCAGGAGGGCCCCACACCCUCUGCACAUGAGGCCAUGAGGCACCAACCCGACGGGGACCAGGCCACCUCUGCCCUCGCCCCGACAACCCUGCUGCCGUGGACCUUGGACGCGAGGGGGCUCUGGCAGCCAGGGUGCAGCUGGGGGGCCUUGGCCAGGGACCUGGCCCCUGACCCAGCCCACCGCCAGCUGGCCAUCCCCUCUGCAAGGUCUCACCAAGCCCGGAACUGAACCUACCUGGUCCCCACUGCACAGAUGGGGAAACCAAGGCCCGGGGAAGCAGAGUGGCUGGCUCCCCACCACCACUCAGGAAGAGCCCACCCCUCACGGAGCUUCCUGUUCCUGCUGUGGACCCUCCUGAACUGCAGUGUGGGGGGCAGUGCUCAGGGUCCAGGCGAGUGGACUCCAUGGGGUUCCUGGACUCGCUGUUCCAGCUCCUGUGGGCGGGGGCUCUCUGUACGCAGCCGGCACUGCAUCUGGCUUCCCGGGGAAGAGCUUUGCUCGGGGGACUCCCAUGAGUACCGACUCUGCCAGUUGCCGGACUGUCCGCCAGGGGCCAUGCCCUUCCGAGACCUCCAGUGUGCCCUCUACAAUGGCCGCCCUGUACUGGGCACCCAGAAGACCUACCAGUGGGUGCCCUUCUAUGGUGCGCCCAACCAGUGCGACCUCAACUGCCUGGCUGAGGGGCACGCCUUCUACCACAGUUUCGGCCGCGUCCUGGACGGCACCCCCUGCAGCCGGGGUGCCCGGGCGCUCUGCGUGGCUGGCCGCUGUCUGAGCGCCGGCUGUGACGGUCUGCUGGGCUCCGACGCCCGCGAGGACCACUGCGGCCGCUGCGGCGGCACCAACGACUCGUGCCUCUUGGUGCAGCGCGUGUUCCGCGACGCUGGUGCCUUCGCUGGGUACUGGAACGUGACCCUGAUCCCCGAGGGCGCCAGACACGUCCGUGUGGCCCACAGGAGCCGCAACCACCUGGCGCUGAUGGGGGGCGACGGGCGCUACGUACUCAAUGGGAACUGGGCGGUCAGCCCACCCGGGACCUACGAGGCGGCCGGCACCCGCGUGGUCUACACCCGCGCCGCGGGGCAGGAGGAAACUCUGCGCGCGGCCGGGCCCACCUCCCAAGACCUGCUCCUGCAGGUCCUCCUGCAGGAGCCCAACCCCGGCAUUGAGUUCGAGUUCUGGCUCCCUCCGGAGCUCUACGGCCCCUUCCAGGCUCAGGCGCAGGCCCUGGGCUGGUCCCUGCGGCAGCCGCAGCCUCGGGAGGUGGAGCGGCAGCCCCCUGAGCCCCCCGCAGCCCCCGCUGCCAACCCCCCGUGGAUCCCGCACUCCACCCCAGACCCCUGCCACCCCUGCUCCGACACCCGAGGCCGAGCCCACCGGCUUCUCCACUAUUGCGGCAGCGACUUUGUGUUCCGGGCCCGGGUACUGGGCCGCCUCCGCCAGGCCCGGGAGACCCGCUAUGAGGUGCGCGUGCAGCUCAUCUACAAGAACCUCUCCCCGUUGCGGGCCCUUGAGUACGUGUGGGCACUGAGCCACUGCCCCUGCCCGCCGCUGGACCUCCAUCACGAAUACCUGCUGGCUGCCCAGCGCCUCAUCAGCCCAGAUGGCACCCAGGACCGGCUGCUGCUACCCCAUGCCGGCUACGCCCGGCCCUGGACCCCCGCUGAGGACAGCCGAGUGCGCCUGGCUGCCCGGCAGUGCCCUGUCUGAGCCCCAGAUGAGACCCCUGCUCCACACAGCAAGGAGAGUGCCUGACUAGGCUCAAGCUCAACAUAUGCCCUUUACAAGGGUUCCCAGGUUUCCAGGGACAUCAGAAUAAUCUUCCACCUACAGCUGUGUGACUCCCUUGUGCAUACACCUAGACACCCCUGCCACAGCCACGUCCGCUGUCACCAGCAGGCGGGCACUAGUGAGGACACACUGCAUAGACUCUUUAACUCUUAUUUCCUCUCUCACCCUGGCUGCCAGGAAACUCAUCACUAUUUAACUCCCUGACACUCUGUGCUCUCUCUUCUCACUGCCACUUACACACACACACUCAUAUAUUCAGAGACACUGUCACAAACACACAUGUCCCCUAGAAGACAUGCCUAGCCAGGCACUGUAAUGUAUCAGGAAAUUCAGAGAGAGAAUCUUAAUAGCCUCAGCCACCCACUCUGGCUGGAUUUCUUCCAGGCAACACCGCAGUUCACCCCUUUUUUAGGCCUCUUUAACGUUUAUGCAUACCUUUUUUAAAAAUAAGGGCACUCCAGCUACUCAGACCGCAGCACAGACACUCGGGGAUGCGCUGACACGACCUCACAGUGUGCGCUAGUGGUCUCAGUACCCCUCCCCUUCUCUGCUCAGGGUCUGGUACUGUGUGGGGCCGGGAGGAGGGAAGAAGUAGGUAAACGGAGCUUCACAGCUCCCAAGCCCCCUCACCCUGUAGCCUUGGGGGCCACACAUUCAUCUUAGGCCAGCCAGGGGACCCCUCCCCAGUGCAGGAGGUAGGUCAGGGCCCUUGGCCUCAGCCUGUCCCCGUCCCCAUGCAUUUUCCCGGAAAUAUUCUCCCCUGAUGGUCUCCUGGAGCCGGGAGGGCAGACCUCAGUCAUGUGAAUUGGGGGUUCCUGUGGGGUGUCACAGUUGCUCUGAAAAUCUCCCCUGAUGGCUUCCCACCCUGGAUGGGGUGGCUCACGCUGUCAUUUGGGACAAUCUGCUCUUCCGUAAUAUACCACUUGUGUUUUUCUCUGGGGCAUGGAAAGAUGGGAGUAGGUGAAGGAUGAGUGACGUGUAGGUCUGCAUGGGCUCAGCCCUGUCUUUGCAGGUGACCUUAGGCAGGGCCCUGCCCCGCCAGGCCUCGGUUUCCCCCACUUCAAGCUCCCUUUCAGCCUCUCCCAGCCCUGACGGUGGGAACAGCCCUCUUCCAGACCCCCUUCCCUGCCCAUUCAUUGAGUAUUUAUUGAGCGCCUGCUGUAUACUGGAGACCCAGCAGUGCCUGGGCCAACCCAGGCCUGGCCUGUCAUCUGCAACAAAUGCUGAAGCUGGAGAAUGUGGGACCCCUACUCUCCAGGGCAAGGUGGAGGCUGGGUGCCCUCUGGUGGCAAGACUGGGAGCCAGGGAUUCCAGGCGCCCUGUGGCCUGCAGCCCCAAGGGCUCCCAUCCCCCAUUCACACAUUCCCCCGUCGCGCCUAUCACCAUCUCUCCCACCUCCCACCGUGAGGCCAAGGUUGAGCUUCAACGGCUCCGGAACCAGCUGGACUGGCCAGCCCAGCGAGGCGCCUACUUGCUGGGGACAGAGGGUAGGGCAGGGUCCCCUGGGGCAAGAUUGCCUGUGGCCAUGAGCACCCCCUCCCCCUGCAGCAACAUUGUUUCCACGAGGGUCCUGUAACAAUCUCAGGAGACAGUACCUCGAUCCUGACCUGCUCUUCUAGCUUUGAAACAAGUCGACAAUUUGCAAAGAGAAGACAAUGCAAUUCUAAAGACGUUCUAACUCUGCAGUGCUCCUCACGGUGGAGUCAACGUGUGGACCCGGCCAGGCAAAAACAUUCCAUUUUACAUUUAAACAUAAAUAAAAACUCCAGGUGGUUACAUAGGAUGACAGAAACAAAGUGACCCCAGUUCUGCAUCUGCAUCUCUAUGGUCUCCUCCUCUUUAUCGUUAUCUGCUGUGUCCCUGCGGGAGUGCAGGGGACUCCAGCAUUGCCCCAGCUGACUUCAAGUGGGUACUAAGAAGGACGUCCAUGGGCAGGAAGCUGGCGCAGCUGAGGCCUCACGCGUCCAGAGCUGGGAAUUCUCCAAACUGACCUCCCCCAGGAUCCAGCGUAUUUUAAAAGUUAAAGAACUGAAACCCUCCAGUUUGAAACUUUUACCUUGUUAGUAAAACAAUGGUAAUUUGGACAUUGGCUCGAGAGCCCCACAGAAGUUCCCAGGCUUUUCUUAAGGGUUUUAAUUCUCUGCAGACAGCACCCCUGUUGCCUGUUCUCUCUCACUGACCCGGGGGGACCCGCAGCCUGUCAAUCACCUGCUGGAAGCCCCGGACUGUGCCUGCAGGUAGGUUGGUGACCACUUUGGGAAACACUUCGUAGUGUCUCCUGCAGAUGAACCACACUUGUGGUAACAGGCUGAACCCACAUGUCCAAGUCAUGACCCCGGGACCUGUGGAUGGGACCUUCCUUGGAAAAAGUGUUUUGGCAGGUAUAAGGGCUGAAGGUACGUCAUUCUGGAUUAUCCUGCCAGGCCCUAAAUCCAAUGUCAGGUGUCCUUGUAAGGGAUGCACAGAGGGGCCCAGAGGAGGCCGUGGCAGAGGUGGGUGAUGUGGCUACAAGCCAGCAGUUGCUGGAGCCCCAGAAGCAGGGGUCAGGCAGGAGGGGCCCUCCCCGGAAGCCUCCAAGGCAGCACGGCACCUUGGCCGCUGACACCUGCCCUUCAGGUCGUGAGAGAAUAAAUCUCUAUUGCUUUAAGCUGC